CGCUCCGGCCCCAAAAUGUGCUAUCGGCUGUCGGUAAUUCUAGGAGGCUGUUUUGCCCGGUGCGGAAAGGAGGGGAAACGCCGCGUCCAUGCCCUGCGCGCGAGAGCCUUUGCGAAGGCGCGAGUGGAGGCGGUGGUGGAGUUUGACUACUCAGCUCAGGAAGUCGAUGAAUUGUCGAUCCACAAAGGUGAUGUCAUUACUGACAUUCGCACACAACCGGGUGGAUGGUGGGAGGGCUGUCUGCAUGGUCGCAGAGGAAUGUUCCCGGACAAUUUCGUGAAGAUUCGAAGUAAGGCUAACGGUACCUCUACAAAAGAAACAAUGGCCAAUAAUGAAGUCCAAUUGCGUGGAGGCAGUGCAAGAAGGUGUAAAGUUCUCUUCAGCUACCAGCCUGCCAAUGAUGACGAAUUGGAGCUUCAGAUCAAUGAUGUCAUUGAUGUAUUAGACGAAGUAGAAGAAGGGUGGUGGCGGGGCAAACUCAGAAAUAGGGUUGGUGUGUUCCCUUCAAACUUUGUUACUGAAAUAACAGAGAAGCAAACCAAUGGUGGACCAGGUAGCCGCAAAACAUCAGCCACUCAACCACCUCCCUUAUCCAUGAUUCGUAAAGAAGAAGUUUCAGGUGACAAAAUGAAGGGGGUCAUCAUUAGUGAAACAGAUUCACCUGCAUCUCCAACGGGGCCUGAUUCUGGUAAUCCAAAUGCACUUGAUGUGGACUGCAAUGCUCCUGUGCUCCCUCCUAAACCAGUGAAAGAGCUUUGCCGUGUCCUAUACCAAUACGAGGCAGCUAAUGAAGAUGAACUAACACUGAAGGAAGGUGACAUUGUCACAAUUGUAACAAAGGAUGUUCAAGACAAAGGGUGGUGGAAAGGAGAGUUGCGCGGCCAUACUGGGCUUUUCCCCGAUAAUUUUGUGGUCUUGCUUCCUCCAGAAGAGUCCCCACAGGCAAGAAAACCAGAAAGGCCACCCCCUGCUAAAACAACUACAUCUAUAUCCACUAGAGGAGACAUCUCUAAAGUUCCUACUGCGAAGAAGUCUCUUGACAAUUCAAAGCCAGAUGAGAAAGCUCCACCUGUGCUCAGUAAGAAGCCAGUCCUUCCGCCUGCAUCGAAAAAGCCUCAGUUGAGGAAUGCUGCCCCCGCUGUGUCGCCACCAGUAAACACAGUGACAGCACCAAAGAAAGGAGGUAACGAAGUAGCUGACAGUCCCGAGCAGAGGCUCAACGAUCUUGUAGAUGGGACUGCGAGUAGUAAACUUAAAAUAACAAAUAACUUGUCUGGAGAUGCUGAUUUUGAUGGAGUGGAGAGAGGUGCCAUGCUGACACACCCCACGGCCUCUCGUGCCAAAGCACCUCGGCGACGCUUGCCGACGGCCAUGCUGAAUAAGGACGCAGAACCCGUUGGAGGAAUGUUAAAUGGAAAUAGUGAUCACCACAACCAUUCCAAUGAGAACAAUGUAUCAUUAGAAGAAACAGAUAAAGAAAAUGGCUUUGACAUCAACAGCAGUGCUUCAAGUGGAACUUCUUCCAAUCGCAACAGCAAGGAGUGGGAGAAGAAUAAGGCCCCGUGGAUGGAAGAGUUGAAGAUGAGCCAGGCUGCCAAGAAAGGUAUUAAAAGCCCAGCUGCGCCUAGCCCUCCAAAGCCAGAAACAGCUCGUUCAAAGAAGGAUAUCCCAGACAGUCCUGCCAGCCCUACUUCCCCUGAGCCACCAAAGCCCAACACUGUGACAGUCCGUCAGCACUCCACAGCGAACAACAUUGCGAGUAGCGCGCCCAAUCACCCCCCAUCGGCCACUGUGUCUUCUCGGCCUCAGUCUGUUCAUAGCGAGGUGCCUGCCACGCGACUGUCUGGACCUGGAAACCGACCCGUCUCGAUGUAUUCAACAGCCAAUGACAAGUUAUCCACUCCUCCCUCAAACUCCGUGCCUCCAGAUGCCACUGUGCCCAUGAAACAAUUUCUGGAAUUGGUGGAGAAGGUCAAAAAGCUGGAAAAUCAUUGUGAAUUCCUGAAGCGUACGGUCACUGAACUCAGCCUACAAUUAAAUGAAGAAAAGGAAAAACGAUUCCAAAUGCAACAGGAAAUAGUUAAACUGACUGACCUUGUUACUCAGGUUUAAUAUCAAUUCCCUACCUAGGCUAUGUACACCAAAUUAUACUUUUGUCAAUCCUGGACUUAAAUUUGUUGCACAUAUUGUUUUCUUUUUGUUUCCGUUUAUGUCAUACACAGUUGAUAACUGUUAACAAUUAGGCCGUAUUUGUCCAGUGUUUUAAUUGUUAUAUUAGAUGUAUGAGGGACUGAAAGUCAAAUGAAGGAGGGAUACCUGGUGUGUGUUACUUUGUAAACUGAAUGAAUUUCUUGUUUUUUAUCAUUUGUUUUUAGUAUUGGAUUUCACCCAUCUGAUAAGGUUUGCUCCCUGUCCCUCCCAUAUCAACCAGGCCACUGAGGUCGUUACCUAGUGCUGUUACCUUAUCUUAUCAGCAUUCCUCCUUCAGUUGACUUUUGUUACAGUUGAAGUGGCUUUUUAGGAAGUCAUUUUCAGUGUUUAUACAGUUUUAGGUGUAUGAUCAAUUUUGUACAUAAGCCAAUUGAACAUAUUUUCACUGGCUUGUUUUAUCCAUUCAACAUUAUAUGUGUUUCUUGCUGACACUUUCAGCAUUUUAAGUACUUACAGAUCAUCUAGUCUUUCAAUUUUGUAUUUGUCUUAAAACAUUCCUGAAUAUAAAUUUGUUUGUUAUAUUUACAACUGAGGCUAGCCUCAUACUCAUCAAAUUUUAUUGCCUUAUACAAUGUGCUCAAAUAAUUUGCUUCAAAUCAUGUCUCACAGUAUUUGACGAUCAUGUUAACACUUGUGAUUCCAAAACAUUCCAUGGGAUACUUUACUUUUUCAUUAUAGUAUUUUGCCUCCUCCAGCAUCCAUUAUUAUUGGCAUUUUUGUCUGGAGGGAAAGUUAUGAGUGGUGUUUUGUAGUCAUGCUUUGGUUUGCAACUGAGUUUAGACCUAGUAUUUUUCUUUCUAUACUGUACCAUUGUAUAAAAGUAUGUAAUAUUUUUCUUAUUGCAUUCCAAUUUGAGUGUUAAGCAAGACAUGAAGAGCUCAAGUCAUGAAAUGUGACACACCAAUUAGUCAGGCAAUGUAUCUAUCAUUAAUAUCCUUUGUAAGAAAGUAAAUUUAAACAUAUUCAUACCGCAUUUGAGAGUAAAGUACUUUUCUAGUUAUUUAACACAAUUGAUUACUGAAUAUGAAUUUUGCUUGUGUAUUUGUACUGUAUUCUAUAUUUUAAAUAACAGUAGACAGGUAACAAUUUUAUGCAAUUGACUCUGGUGUUGCUUUUUGCUAUAAUAACCCUUAAGUGAUUCUUUGUUUUUGCUGUCGGUAAUGAUAUUAAUGGCAGUAGCUUACUCCUGUAAAAGACAACCAAUAUUUAAUAUUCCAAAAAAUGUAACCUUGAUCAAGUUUGACACUUUCGAACAAUCUUGGUAUGACAAGUACAGUGGUGCAGAUAGGAUUAAGACAAGUUGUAGACUGGGAACAAAUGUCUCCAAACUAUUUCUAAAAUAUUUAUUUUUUGAUCAUGUUUGGCUAGUUACAUAAAGACUUGAGUGCUAAUGUGAGGUUUUAUUGCAGAUGUGUCGAAUAAGCGUUGAUUAUUUCAGUGUGAUGUUUUUUGAAUGUGUGGAUACAGCAUCAUUUCUUGUGGCCAAUGUCAUCAAUGAAUAAUUUUUUUAAUUUGUUUUGGAGGGAUAAAACCAUUCAAGUCAGGCAGUAUAUCAUGGGAACCUUACAGUCAAACAGACUUUUAGAAGGCCUCUCAGCCUCAGUAUCAUCAAGAGUGUACUUUAGUAUUACAGUAUAAUUUAUAUAUAUGUGUAUUUUUUAUAACACUUGUACAGACUUUGGCCAUAAUUGAGGUGUACAUGCUUUAUAUAUAAUUAAAUAUGCAUAUAUUUAAAUACUUACCCUGUACAAUAAUACAUAUUUUCAUUCAUUCCUAUCAAAUGUUAGAAUAUGAACUGUUAGUAAUACAAGUACUGUAAAGCCUUAUUUGGGCAAAUAGCAUUACCAUGCGGUUUCUUGCUUCACACCAGGUUAAGGGUAUUCAUGUCAUAUUGUUGGUCUGUGUCUCUUGUAUAUGUAUUAAUUUCUGUUCUGAAACAGAUAGUAUUAUGGAAGUAAAUUGUUGUAUGCAUUGUACCAAUGAGAGUACUUGUAUUAGUUUGUUUUGAACAAUUUGGGAACAACCUGAAAGUAUUGAAUGUGAUUGUAAUUUCACAGUGCAGAUUCCAAAGGAAGACAAGACACUGAGGUGAUAUACAAGCGUUUUCAUAGCUAUACUUGUGGUCUAUCAGUAUUGUACCCUUUCAUUCAAAGGCUCUCUUGUCCUGGGUGCAUGCCUGAUUUUAAUUGUAAUUGACUGUGUCAGUUGAUCAGCUGUAUGUAUCCUCAGUUCUUCUUUCUUGUCUGUUUUAAAUUGAAAUACUUUCUGUCACAACUAAGUCUACAAAACCAGUGAAAUCAUUCCCAACCUAGGUUAAAUAAUCAGUAUGAUAAAACAAAAAAAAGAAGAAAUAUUCCAGAGCUAGCUUUUUUUCAUAUAGCUUAAUAUCAAAACAGAAUGUGCCAUUGGUCACUGUUGCAUCCACUUUUGUAAGAUUUUUUGGCCUCUGUGUGUUAAUAUUGAAGGAGAUCCACUGUUAUGUGGAAAGCAUAAUUCUUGAGAACUGUUUAAAGAUUACUUUAAACUACAGGACUGAAAUUUUAGCAUCUGGUGCUACGUACCUAUUGUAUCACAAACAGAACUUGAAUUACACCUGUAAGUUUGAAAAUGAUUCUACUCUAAGUGUAAGUUUUGCCUUUGUGGUAUAAUAUGAUUACCUCUAUGCUUGUCAAUCUUUGUUUUUAUUUAUGUGUUCAAGGUAUCCUUGUUGAAAGGCAUACCCUCCUUAUGUAUGGGGCAUGUCUUUUACCCCAGCUCCCUACCACUUCUCUCUCUUUUUUUUCUUCAUUAAGUUAAUUGCGACAUGAACAAGCAGAAUCUGCUUUUGAAACAAUGAAGGCGUAAGUUAUUUUUAUAGAAAAGACUAGAUAGUUUGGAUAUCUUUUCUAUUUAGUAUAACAUUUUGUAAAAUCAGAUCCUGUCCCUUGCACUAUUUUUCCCCAACAGUUUUUGAAGUUUCUUAAAAAAGUAAUUGUUUUUGUUUGGUAGUUUUUUUUGGUCAUGAAACUACUGAACGUCUGGGUGUGUUAAACUGCUCAUAUCCAGCCAAAUUCUGUUGUCUUCCCUCAGAAACACAUGUCCCUUUUCUUUCUUUAAAGCAGGAAAUAGUUAGGUGGUCUUAGUUUUCUGUAGUAAAGUUAUUUUUAAACACUCAUUUAAAUGUGACACUCUUCCUGGUGGUACCCUUGUGUCCCCUUUGUGGUGCUAUCUCUGUUCAGUUGUCUGGCACUGAUAGAAGAGAAAAGUCUGCAUGAGUAACUGGACUUCAUUCGAUACCAUUGACUGAUAGGGAGUGUUUUGUAGCUAGGAAAUUAAUGGAUCAUUGGUAGUGGCAAGUUCAUAAUGUUGAUUUUUUUAAAAUCCCUUUCAAAUGAGUCUCAUUUAAAGAAAAAAUUAAAAGAACAGUUUGAGUCACAUUUUUAUGUCAGGUUGUGACUUGUUAACUUAAAGGAGCAUGCCCCUGCCACAGCUUUUUCAAAAUACAAAUGACCAUCAAAGAACGUUCUUGUAAUUUAUCAUUGUGAAAUAGCUUGGAUGCUGGUUGUGUUUCAAUACUUGCCCUGAAUCAUUUAAAGAUUUCCUCAUUAUAAAUGAUGAUUAUUUCAUUGUGCAGUUGAAGCCACAUUAAGCAACUCAAGAACCACUUGUUCAGUGGCAGAUACCUUGUAUUUUUGUUGAAUAAAAGAGUGUUGAACAUCA